AAGUAAUACUCAAUUACAUUGAUGUUAAAGUUUCUAUUUUAUUCUAGUGUUACUAAAAUAACUUGGUAUGGAAAAGACAUUACGUCACAAAGUUAAAAAUAAAAAAUCUACAGGCAAACCCAAGCCUACUAAAAAACGAAAAAGCGAUGGACCUACUUGCUCAAUGUUCUUAGCUGAACUUUCAAGAAAACUAGCAUUAAAGAAGAAACAAGAAGAAGAAUCACCUAAAAACAUAGUACAGACCAUAAUAGAGAGUAUAACAAAUGCAUUGCCGAUAAAAUUUUUCAAAAAACGUACUGAGGUUAAAGAACCACCUUUGGCAUUGGAGAAUCUACAAAUAUAUGCUCCUGAACUCUUACCAAAUGAUAAAAUUGAUAUCGUAAAAGUUGGAGAUGAAAAUGUUACCAAGGAUGAGGUUGAAAUCAAACAAAUAAAUCUAGAACAAAAUACACGAAAAACACCUUUCAAAGUACCUAAAAUGCCAGUCGUUAACAGUGAAGUACUUAAAAUCGCCGCUGAAAGAAGUAAAAAACGAGAAGAUGCAUCCGUGAAUACUGGAGUAAGUAAUGAUGUAGCAGUUGAAUUGGCUAAGCAUGUCAACACUUUAAAGAAAAUAUCAUUAAUAGCCGAAGAGUUUAAUAAGAAAACAGCAAAAAAUUUAAAAGAAAUAGUGGACAGCGUGCAAGAAGAAUUAAUAAAGAAGCUAGAACUUGUCCAAGCGGAACAAGCGUUAGAGGCAGCCAAAAAUAAGGACGCUAAUCAAAAGCCGUAAACCACAAAAGUACCAUCAUUACUAUAAAGACAUCAAAAGUCAAAAAGGAAUU